AUGGCCGCCGCCUUCGAAGCAACUGGUGGCCGGAAGGGUAGCUGCUUCUUGGAAGUCGGCCGCCGCGAGAUCGGCUCCUCCUUCCCCCGCGCCUCUUCCCGCCGAAUCAGCGGCUCCGAGCAUAUAGUGUUGCGGAUGUCUCAGUAUGGAAAAUUGUGUGGUCAUGAAGGCUGCGUUAAUACCGUAAGCUUCAACCCUGCUGGUGACCUUCUUGUGUCCGGUUCAGACGACAUGAAUAUCAUACUAUGGGACUGGCUUUCUAAAACUAAAAAGCUUGUUUACCCUUCCGGCCACCACGAAAAUGUCUUCCAUGCUCGUGUGAUGCCAUUUACUGAUGACAGCACCAUUGUAACUGUUGCUGCUGAUGGCCAGGUACGAGUAGGACGACUGAAGGAGGGCGGUGAAGUCACAACGAAACUAGUUGGGGAGCAUGAUUCCCGGGUGCAUAAGAUGGCUAUUGAACCAGGAAGCCCUUACAUAUUUUACAGUUGUGGAGAGGAUGGCUUGGUACAGCAUUUUGACUUAAGAAGCGAUUCAGCAACAAAGCUUUUCACCUGCUAUUCUUUCUUGAAUGACAGACGCCGUGUAAGACUGAAUAGCAUUGCCAUUGACCCGCAGAACCCUUACUAUUUUUCAAUUGGUGGUUCUGAUGAGUAUGUACGGUUGUAUGACAUGAGGAGAUUCCAGUUGGAUGAUUCAAGAAACAUUAACCAUCCUGUAGAUACCUUCUGCCCUAAGCACCUUAUUAAGGGUGGGAAGGUCCACAUCACCAGUAUUGCAUAUUCCUAUGCAAGGGAGAUACUUGUAUCCUACAAUGAUGAGCUUAUCUACUUGUUCCAACAAAAUAUGGGUCUCGGUCCAAAUCCUGUGUCAGUAGAGCCAGAGUUUUUCGACAUGCUUGAUCAGCCACAAGAGUACUCAGGUCACAGGAAUUUUCGAACUGUUAAGGGAGUCAGUUUCUUUGGACCACAUGAUGAAUAUGUUGUGAGUGGAUCAGAUUGCGGGAAUGUAUUCAUAUGGAGGAAGAAGGGAGGUGAAUUGAUGAGGAUGAUGAAUGGUGACAAAAGUGUAGUUAACUGCAUUGAACCCCACCCGCAUUUCCCGUUCAUGGCUACUAGUGGGAUUGAUAAAACUGUUAAGCUUUGGACUCCUGCAUCAAAAAAAGUGAUGUCACUGCCUAAAAAUGCAAAGCAAAUAAUAGCCUCCAAUGAACGUGGGAGAGAAGUUGAUGCUUCUCGGGCAGAAGUGACACUUUCAUCUGAUGUCAUCAUGCAUGUGUUGAGGUUACAUAGGAGACAGUCUGACCUGCAUAUGGAGAAUGAACCAGCUAGUGCAGAUUUGGCCAGUGAUGAUGAUGAGGCUUUCUACAUUGGAUUUGGCGAUGUGGAAAGGAACCAAAGGGAAAACUCUGAUCCCAGAGAAUGCAUUGUGACAUAG